UUGAAGUACUGCAGAGACGGAGCUGCAGCGCUUAAGCACCGUCAGCUCUUGCUUUAGUUGCCGGAUAUCUUUGCAACACAAAUAAAUGUUUAUUCAUUAGCAACGGCGGGCGUCUCGUAAUGGAGAACCAACAGCGACAUCUCAUCUGCUCUGCUCCCUAAAGGACUCAUGAGAGCCAUAAAGGCAAAAGCACUUCUUCUGUGGUGACUGCAGACCUCUUCCCCUCCACCAUCUAAUCAUGGAUGAUAUAGCUCCACAAGACACGUCUUCCCUCAUGAAGGGGGCCAGAGUCAUUGCUAAGGAGGCCAAACGACAAGCUGUUAAGAAGGUCAACAAAGUUGUGGACCGUGCCUCAGACGAGUACUCCCAUAGUCGCACCUACCAGCGCUUCCAGGAUGAAGACGAUGACUACUACAGCCAGCCGGAUGGGAACUACACAGGAGACCACGCCAAUGAUGAAGAGGGAUCCAGUGACGCCACUGAGGGUCACGAUGACGAGGAUGAGAUAUAUGAAGGGGAGUACCAGGGGAUCCCCUCGGAUGCAAAGGCCAGAGAUGGACAGGUGGCUCUGGGACAGCCGCUGGCGGAUGGCCUGAAGGACCGGAGAGAGCUGGAGAACGAGAGGCAGGCAGACGAGGAGGAGCUGGCGCAGCAGUACGAGCUCAUCAUUCAGGAGUGUGGACAUGGCAGGUUUCAGUGGCAGCUGUUCUUCACUCUGGGCUUGGCGCUCAUGUCUGAUGGUGUGGAGGUCUUCGUGGUGGGCUUUGUUCUCCCUAGUGCAGAGACGGAUAUGUGUGUGCCUGACUCGAGCUCUGGAUGGCUAGGCAGCAUUGUGUAUUUGGGGAUGAUGGUAGGGGCCUUCUUCUGGGGCGGCAUGGCUGACAAGGUGGGCAGACGGCAGUGUCUGCUGAUGUGCAUGUCCAUGAAUGGCUUCUUCGCCUUCCUGUCUUCUUUUGUGCAGGGCUAUGGCUUCUUCCUGCUCUGUCGCAUGAUAGCUGGCUUCGGGAUUGGUGGAGCAGUGCCCAUUGUCUUCUCAUACUUUGCUGAGGUAUUGGCAAGAGAGAAGCGUGGAGAGCAUCUAAGCUGGCUCUGCAUGUUCUGGAUGAUUGGAGAGAUUUAUGCCUCCGCCAUGGCCUGGGCCAUCAUACCUCACUACGGCUGGAGUUUCAGUAUGGGCUCAGCUUAUCAGUUCCACAGCUGGAGGGUGUUUGUGGUGGUGUGCGCUCUCCCCUGCGUCUGUGCCGUGGUGGCCUUAACGUUCAUGCCAGAGAGCCCAAGGUUCUACUUGGAGGUGGGGAAGCACGACGAGGCCUGGAUGAUCCUCAAGCAGAUUCAUGACACAAACAUGCGAGCGCGUGGACAGCCCGAGAAAGUCUUCACCGUGAACAGAAUUAAGAUCCCAAAGCAGAUUGAUGAGUUUGUCGAGAUGCAGACCGAAUCUGGCAACCUUUUCUCAAAAGUGAUCUUCAGGAUAAAGACUGAGCUUCAUGGGAUUUGGUUAAACUUCUUGAAGUGUUUUAAUUAUCCAGUGAAAGACAGUACAGUCAAACUGGCUAUUGUGUGGCUCACACUGUCAUUUGGGUAUUAUGGUUUAUCCGUGUGGUUCCCUGACGUCAUCAAACAUCUUCAGGCCGAUGAAUACGCCUCCAAAGUACAAAGGCAUAACAAUGAGCGCAUUGAAGACUUCACCUUCAAUUUCACCCUUGAGAACCAGAUACACACUAAUAGCUUAUUUAUCAAUGACAGGUUCAUAGGUAUGAAAUUCAAGUCUGUCACUUUCAUCAAUUCCACUUUUCAGAGCUGCUUUUUUGAGGAUGUGACAUCAGUUGGAUCUUUCUUUCGAAACUGCACAUUUAUUGAGGCUGUCUUCUAUAACACUGAUAUUGACGACUCCAAACUUAUAAACACAGAUGUCGUAAACAGCACAUUUUACCACAACAAAACAGGCUGUCAAAUGACAUUUGAGGAUGAUUAUAGUGCAUACUGGGUCUACUUCGUCAAUUUCUUGGGAACACUGGCUGUUCUGCCCGGUAACAUCGUAUCUGCACUUCUCGUGGACAAAAUUGGCCGCUUGUCAAUGUUAGGGUUUUCCAUGAUUCUGUCUGGUAUCAGCUGCUUCUUCCUGUGGUUUGGCACCAGUGAGUCGAUGAUGAUUGGGAUGCUGUGCUUGUACAAUGGGCUGAGUAUUUCCGCCUGGAACUCCCUGGAUGUUGUGACAGUAGAGCUGUACCCUACGGACAGAAGAGGAACUGGAUUUGGCUUCUGUAAUGCCUUGUGCAAGCUAGCCGCAGUGAUGGGAAAUCUGAUUUUUGGAUCUUUAGUGGGCAUCACCAAAGCCAUCCCCAUUCUUCUGGCCUCCUCAGUGCUCGUAGGCGGAGGUCUGGUGGGAUUGCGACUACCUGACACCAGGUCAAAUGUCCUCAUGUAACCCUUGUGUUGGAGGUCUGGAGAAACUUAAAAGGCUUGACUUAACCCUCAUUCCUCAUUGUUGUACACUGUGUACUUGUAUUGUGUUCAUAACAAGAUACUUCUCAAUUAGGCAUCAUCAUAUUUUGACAAUCUUUAGACUUGCAUUGCAAUAAUAAAACUUCUGCACCUUUAUACUGUACAGUUCAUUUAACCAAGACCCUCAUGUUUCCUUGUGACUUUUUAGAGGUUUAUAAUGGCCCAGGAAUGAAUGUGAGCGUAAAUAUGAAUGUCCCCUUAUUAAGACUUGAGCAAAACAACCUAUUAAUGAGCAGUCCAAACCUGCUGCAAGUAUGCAGAGAGGAUGAUCAGAUACGCCGAAAGCUCAGCACAGCUGCAUCACACCUGGCUGACUUAAUCCUGAGAAUCACUAAAGAGAUGAGAGACUGAGACCGGUCUACUGGUAAACAACUCUUUAUUCAGUUAUUAGUUUCAGGAUUUGACUACACAUAGUGAAAACAUCAUCCAGAUAUGGUAUCAUACAUUUCUAAUGAAAGAGAAUAUGGUUUUGUUAUUGAAUCAGUUUCACUGAGUAUUGAGUAAGUUGAUGACGAGGUUAAAUUUUUACAGUAUUAUUACUGUAUUUUUUUUAAACAAUCAAGCCUUUUGCAUAUGUACUCCAACCUCUGAUGAAAAAGGCCACAACUGUGCACCCAUGCUCAAAGUAUAUGUAUAAAGUUCCUCCGGCCAUAUUUAUAAAAAACAAAAAAUCCCAUUUUGUGCUCUGCAGAUGUUUUGUUCAUAUACAGUGGAGUAUGUUUUGUUCAUAAGCUUUUUAUUGCAAGCCUAUUUGAUUUCAUAUACAACAGGCAUGUGUUAUCGGACUUGUUCUGCCAAUUUGUGAUUUGUCUAACAGCGAAUGGCCUUUUGAAACUGUGCCUCUCCUACAUAAGAUCAUCAUCACGUAUGAACUUGAGGUGGCUGCUGUAUUUGAUAUCAUAGAGUGUGUAUCUGCCAGGGUCACUCAUGCAAACCAUCUUACAAUCUGACAGAAAGGACUGAUGAGAAUCAGGCUGGCGAUGUCCCGGAAAGCCUCUUUUAUGUACAGUGUCAAAGACUCAUCUUGUUGACAUGACAGGUUUGUUGGUGCAGAGGGAAUUUAGAGGGCCCGCCUCAACAUAUGGGGUCUGCAAUCUGUGGAGAGGGGAAGAGAGAUGUGUUUGAUAACCACAUGACACGCGAUUCAUUUACAAGUUUCAUUUCCAAGCCAAGUGAAGAAAAUUCUGUUUUGGUUGCUUCUACAAAAUGACUUAGAUAUUUCAAUAUAGAUUUACAUAC